UAUUUUUCAAGAGCGGAAGCCCUAUAAAAGUCUAAAUACAUUUGAAGAUUUUUUACGGCAUUAUCAGCCGAUUUACGACACCACGCACUUUUCGAAAUGGCGAAGAGCGUUGGACGAGAUGAAGGCAAACGAAAAGAAAGAAAAAAGAUCAAUUACAAAGAACUUAUUGAAAAUGAUGAAAACUCGAGAGAGAAACCAUGUGGACAAAAACUGAAGGAAUUGGCAAAGUCAAAAGAAGCUAUGAGAGCAAAACUGUACAGACUUGGUUUGACCAAUGAAAAAAAGGAAAGGUUAAAUCAGUUAGCUAAAGAAAGAAUGAGAAAAUAUCGAGCAAAACUAAAAGAAAACACGAAAAAACCAACAAAUGUGCCGACACGUAAAGAGGAAGUAUCCCAGGGACAAAGAGCAUACUGGAGGGGAAAAAAACGACAAUCAAGAACCAGAGAAACCCAAGAUGGCAAACUAAGAGAAAGAAAAAAGAUAAAUUUCAUUGAAAAAGAUGAAAACUCCCUCGAAAAACCUCAUGGACAAAAACUGAAGAAAUUGGCAAAGUCAAAAGAAGCUAUGAGAGCAAAAUUGUACAGACUUGGUUUGGCUGAUGAAAAAAGGGAAAGAUCAAAUCAGUUAGCCAAGGAAAGAAUGAGAAAAUAUCGAGAAAAACUGAAAGAAAACAACGACAAAAAACCAACAAAUGUGUCGAAAUGUAAACUUAAAGAGGCAAAAGAGGAAGUAUCACAGGGACAAAGAGCAUAUUGGAGGGAGAAAAAACGACAAUCAAGAACCAGAGAAACCCAAGAAAAGAAACAACUUUACAACUUGAAAAGACGAGAAAAAUACAAAGAAACCAAAGUGAAGAAAAGUUUGUCCAAAAACAAAAGUGCCAACUCUAGUGAACAAAACGCUAGUUUUACUGAAGACAAAGUCUGUGAUGAAGAAGCACAAAAACCAAGAAACGAAAAUAACAAGUCACCAGCUACAACAAGAAAAACAGUUGCUAGGUGUUCAGGAAAAUUACCCAGAACACCUAAGAAAUGGUUGAAAGUCGUUGGUGGCCUUAUUAAGCCAAGAAAGAAGAAGCUGUUGGAUGAAAGUGGUCUUGUUGCGAGUCCAAAGACUAAACCGCUAAUUGAGGCAAAAAGAGAAUUAGUACUUGGCGUGAAAGAUUUCAUUAAAAAACACAAAUCUAGGAGGAAUAAAUACCAAAGAAAAAACUGGAUUUCAGCAAUUCUGAAUGAUGCCAAGAAGCAGGGGAUCCAAAUUUUUAUAAAACAAAAUCCUGGAAUACAGUGGCGAAAUUUGGUAAAGAAAUCCUUCAUUCAGAGAGAGGUGGAUAACAGCUGAUGCCCUCGCAGAAGGAAAUUAAAGAUGUUCAAGAUUAUUAUUUGAGCCCAGCAGUUUCCAGUGAGCUUCCAUCAAGGAAGUCUGCUUCAAAAAGAACACAUCAAAAUCUGAGUUACGACAGAAAGCACCAAAUCUGCCUAUGAAAAGUAUUGCCAACAACAUGGGAGGAACAUCAGUUAAGUUCCGCAAACUGCAACCAAAAAAUGUUCUAACUGCUGACAAAACACUGCUCUGACAAUGCUUAUAUGAAUAUUGUACUUGAAUUUAUAAGCUAUAAACACCCUCAUGUCAACACCAUACAGAAAAGUUUACGAUACAGAAAGUUUACGAUAUAGUUUACGAUUCCGUAUGUGCAAACCAGGGAAAGCACUAUAAUAUAAAAUGCAUUACAAGGAACUGUACAUAAUGUGGGACUGGAAAACCUGAAGAAGAUUCCUACACUUCGUAAGGACAUUGUAACAUGGGAAAGAUGGCACAACAGAAAAAUAGCACAUGGAAAAGUUGUGAAGUUUAAAAAAACUGCUUGUGACAAAGUGGGGUACAGGCAACAAAAUUAAGGGGCAAUACUCGCUAAAUGUGAAAGGCAAUACUCGCUAAAUGUGAGGGGCAAUACUUGCUAAAUGUGAGGGGCAAUACUCGCUAAAUGUGAGUUCAAAAUUAAGGGGCAAUACUCGCUAAAUGUGAGGGGCAAUACUCGCUAAAUGUGAGUUCAAAAUUAAGGGGCAAUACUCGCUAAAUGUGAGUUCAAAAUUGAAAUUGCGAGUGAAAAAAUCCCAACUUUUUCCCGGAUUUCCUCGGUUUAUUGGCUGUACUUUAAAGGGACUGGUUCACGAUUUUUGAACAAAAUAUUUUUUUAUUUUUUAUGUUAGAUAUUAAAAGUAUAACUAAUUUAAUGUUGACAACCAAAAUUUUGUCCUUCUGAAUGCAAGAAUAAAAGCUAUAUUUUAACCUUAAAUAUGUGUUAUGUAAACAAAGACUCGAGUCUUUUUAUGUAAACAAACAAUAAAGUGAAACAUUAAUUUUGUAAAAUAAAGCAUUUUAAUUUUGCUUAGUCACACAUUUUAACUUUUAGAUGACACAUUUUACCCGAAGAAUGCUUGAAAUGUGAAAGUUAUAAUAAACUUAGAUUGAUAUCCAUAUCUUUUGAAAAUUUCGUAAACAAUAACAUACGGUAAUCUUUGUUUACAAAACAAAUAAUAAACUCUCUAAAAUGAGCUUCUGUAACAAUGUAUAUAACCUUAAUUUUUAUGUCAAAUCUUUUAAACACAUUAGACAGAAGGUUUUGUUCAUUAAAAGUGAAAAAUAAAAUUUUGGGGAAAAUCGUGAAUCAGUCCCUUUAAAGAUUACAAUAAUUUUGUCUUGUGCAUUAUAACAUUUUACAGAAUAAUUGUAAACAUAUUGAAAGAGUAAAAGUGGAUCAAAUGAAUAACUAAGGCCAUGGUCAUCGAUAUCUUAGUCAGUGAUGUCAAAGGACUUCAAGCAUACUAACCGAGUGUCUCGGAGAUGUCUGAUUUAUAUAACAAUCAUGAUGAUCUUUUCCGUGUUUACUCAACACACGAAGGUGUUUGUUAGUAUCACCGCUCCAGGCGGUGUCCUGCUGUCUGGCAUAUACAGUCAAACAACGAGUGAUGCUACAAGAUUUUUUUAAUGAAAUCUCCAAAUGUUUUGAAAAUACAUUUUGAAUUGACACCAACAGUCUUCAAGAUUCCAAACCACACGAUGUUGUAAUUAGGUGGUAGAUCUCUGUACAACGAGUACACCGCACAAAUGCACCCGAAGACCAUCACCAUGCACCAAUAAUAUGUUGUCUGAUAAUUCAUUAAAUGGUAAAUGAAAGAACCCUCAAUCUUAUUUUCGUAAUUGCACUUUAUUUUCAUCUAUUUUGAUAUAGAGACAUGCUUGUUUUCUUAAACUCCUGUAAAAAAUCAAUAAAUUGACAAAAUGCUA